AAAAAACGAGGGAAAAGCCAAAUGACGACAGCUCUUAUAAAGGGAGUGAAGAAGAUGAACGUGAUCGCAAUUGAUCGGAAGAAACUGAAGAAGGGGACGCCUGCAAGUUAAAGCUCCAAUUGGUGUCAAAGAAGAUUGGAGCUCUUUCCAGCAAUUUCCUUACAGAAAUCAGGUUUAGGACUUCUCGAGGCUUCCUGGAUGACUAAUAGGGGAACAACCCAGCCCUUGUUGGAUCAACUGCAUCAAACCCAUCAUACGGUUGGUCUUGGGAGAAAAAGAUUUCGCCGAUCUAAAAGUACUCCUGUGGGCGAAAUUGCUCCGGUGGAAAUUAAUGAAAUAAAGAACGACCAAUCACUUCUACGUUCUAAAUUGAUUUUGGACAAACUCCACCCUAGUAUUAGGAAAGUUAUUGUUUACUUGAUUAUAUACUUGGGUAUUGGUACCAUUUGCUUUUAUUUUGUUAGAAGCAAGAUCAAGGGAAAGAAAAUAGAUGGCGUACUUGAUUCCCUUUACUUUUGUGUUGUGACAAUGACCACGGUUGGAUAUGGUGAUUUGGUUCCUAACAGUGCAACUACUAAACUGCUUGCCUGUGUCUUUGUGUUCUCUGGGAUGGCACUUGUUGGACUGGUUCUAAGCAAAGCAGCAGACUACUUAGUGGAGAAGCAAGAAACACUAUUAAUUAAAGCACUGCAUAUGGGUUGUAGAGUUGGUCCGAGUGAAAUUUUAGAGGAGAUUGAAACAAACAAAGUAAGGUACAAGUGUUUCAUGGUAGCGGCCUUCCUUAUAAUGCUCAUAAUCAUUGGGACAGUCGUCUUGACUAGAGUUGAAAAGUUUGAUACUGUAGACGCCUUUUAUUGUGUCUGUGCUACCAUCACAACAUUAGGAUAUGGAGACAAAAGCUUUUCAACCAAAGCAGGGCGCAUUUUUUCUAUAUUUUGGAUUUUGACAAGCACUCUUUGUUUGGGUCGAUUCUUCCUUUAUGUUGCUGAAUGGAACACGGAAAAGAGACAGAAGGAGAUUGUGAAAUGGGUUCUUUCAAGAAGGAUGACAAAUGUGGAUUUGGAGGAAGCUGAUCUUGAUGAUGAUGGGGUUGUAGGGGCUGCUGAAUUUGUUAUCUAUAAACUUAAGGAGAUGGGGAAGAUCAACCAACACGACGUCGCAGCUGUAUUGAAGGAAUUUGAAAGUCUUGACGUUGAUCAGUCUGGAACUUUGUCAACCGCAGAUCUGACACUCGCCCAAUCAUCUUGAACCGGGAGGUGAUUGCUCUAAAACCUAUAUUAUUAUAUUAAGCAACCUUUUCCACAUAUGAUUAUGAGUCCUUUUGCAACUUCUAGUGUAUCAGUAGCAUAUUAGAAAACGUUCAUAUUUUUUGAGUUUUUGACACAAGUUAUGCAGUAAAUUCCACUCAGUUUAGUACUAGGUGAAAUUUACACUUCCCAGAAUCUCCAUGUAGUCUUCUCAACUCCCUGUGUAAACAUGUAAAUUACUUGUACUUUUGUUUGUAAAAAGUUAGCAAACUUCUUCGGUU